UACUUCCUUGUUCCUGCUCCUCCCAGCUCAAAGAUGGCAGCCACGGGACAGAGAUGAGCGACGACAUAAAUUUAGGAGUUUUGUCAUGAAACCACACUGGGGUGCACAGCUGUUACAUGCAUGGUUUUGACAGGACAGUGAUAUAAUUUGUCACCUCCAAUGUGUCGUCUUACGAAGACAAUUAAAGGGUUCAGAAAUAUGUUUUCCUGUGGGCUAAGCUAGCAAGCAACGGUUAGCAAAUAAAUGAACUUGUCUCUUCUGCCACACAAGAAGAAAGCAGCUUCUCUGUGUACAGUGUAGUGACAUCUUGCUAGUUUCAUCAUGGCCAUCACUCAGUUCCGUCUCUUCAAGAUCUGCACAUGCCUAGCCAGCUUACUUUCUUUCUUUAAAAGGUUGAUAUGCAGGAGUGGAAGGGGGCGCAAGCUCAGUGGUGAUCAAAUAACCCUCCCAACAACAGUGGAUUUUUCUUCAUCAGUACCAAAACAGUCUGCACAGCCAGAGAUUGAAGAAUGGAGCUCUUGGGAUGAAGAGGCCCCAACAAGUAUUAAGAUUGAAGGUGGCAACGGAAACGUUUCCCCUCCACCCAAUGAUGUGGACCAAGAGCCCGACUACUUCAAAGACAUGGCUCCCACCAUCAGGAAAACACAGAAGAUAGUGUUGAAGAAGAGGGAGCCUUUGAACUACCUGGUGCCUGAUGGCUCAGCAGGAUUCUCCAGCAGACUGGCAGCCUCUCAGGAUAUGAUGACCUUCAGCCCACCCUCUGCUGAGCUUGGAGAAAUGGACAAUUGGCAGGAGGACACAAAUGCCUGGGAGGAUGAGUCUGAUGCUGCCUGGGAAGCAGAGGAGGUGCUCAGACAACAGAAGAUGGCUGAGAGAGAAAAGCGGUCCAUGGAGCAGCAAAGGAAGAAGAUGGAGAAAGAGGCUCAGAGAAUGAUGAAGAAGGAGCAGAAGAUUGCCGUGAAGCUCUCGUAACAUUUUAGAAACGCUCAGUUUUGAGCCAAAGGGAUAGGGAGUGCAAGAGACACUGAAUCAAUCGUUAAUAUAUCUUUAAAGUCAUCAAACCGACCAGGAUUAUCACCAUACACUACUUGUCUGUUAGCAAACUGUCCCUCUCCACCCUGUUUCCACCAGCAGCCAUUUUAGUCUGUUUUUCCAGCUGCAGAAGUGUAAAAGGCAGGCCGAUACCACACAUGGUCUACUCAUUUUUGGCAAGGUUAUUUUGGUCUUCAAGGCAGAGUUGUAUUUAUAAAAUCCAGUACAUCUUAGGUUUAAGGUUAGAUGCAGCAUUAGAUGAUUCUGAUUAAAUCUGUUAGGUAGCAUAGAAAAAUGUUCUAUUUUGGUUUUUCCCAGGAACAUUUGUAAAUAAACUGGUACCUGUGCUACCUUUUGAAACUCAA